AUGGCCUGGGUUCCUCUUCUGCUCCUGCUCUUCACUUACUGCACCGGUGCCUUCGCCCAGUUCGUACUGACUCAGCCGCCCUCCACAUCUGCAUCCCUUGGAGAAACAGUGAAGAUCCCCUGUGUCAAGAGUAGUGGUAGCAUUACAAGAUACUAUGUAUCCUGGUACCAGCAGAAACCUGGCACUGCUCCCAAACUAUUGCUGCUGAGGGUAGUUUGGAGUUUGUCAGAUUCAGAGCAGGGAAGACGGCUGAAGGAGCAGAGCAGGAUGUUGGUGCUUGUGCUAGGAGAUCUUCAUAUCCCGCAUCGAUGCUCCAGCCUUCCAGCCAAGUUCAAGAAACUUCUGGUCCCAGGGAAGAUCCAGCACAUCCUCUGCACUGGGAAUCUCUGUAUCAAAGACAGCUAUGAUUACCUGAAGACGCUGGCAGGGGACGUUCAUGUUGUCAGAGGGGACUUUGACGAGGGCCUGAGUUACCCAGAGCAGAAAAUUGUUACUGUUGGGCAUUUUAGAAUUGGUCUGAUCCACGGCCAUCAAGUUAUCCCUUGGGGCGAUAUGGCCAGCUUGGCCGUUCUGCAGAGGCAGCUGAAUGUGGACAUCCUCAUUUCAGGGCACACCCACAAAUUUGAGGCUCUUGAGCAUCAGAACAAGUUCUUUAUCAACCCUGGAUCAGCCACAGGAGCCUACAGUGCCCUGGACAGAAACAUCACUCCUUCGUUUGUUCUGAUGGAUAUUCAGGCCUCCACAGUUGUAACUUAUGUGUACCAGCUUAUCAGGAACGAAGUGAAGGUGGAAAGGAUUGAAUACAGGAAGUCAUAA